GGUCCCUCACGAUGCUCUACCGGUACGAACCGUACCGUACCGUGCCGUAAUUGCCUUAGGCUGUGCUGUUCAUUGAUGCCCGAAACUUUUCCAUCUGAAAGUAUCGUUGUGGCAACAAUUCUGGCUACAGAUUAAGCGUCAGCGUUGUUUUCCAAUUCGAACGCUAUAUCGCCAGGAGCGCAAAGCCACCUUAACUAAGCAACAGGGACAACCGACUACAACAAAGAGUCAAGUGGUUGCUCACCCGUAGUUGUUGUCGUUACUGCUGUUGUUUCGAACGCCUGGUUUCCAUACUUGCCUCCUAGCUAGGUGGCUAGCUAUCUGGCAGCUGAUACGAAUUUAAAAUCUGUUCCGACGAAACAGUUUCUCAGUUUUUUGCGUUCGUUGUCAACCAUUCGUAGUUACAAAUUGUGGCUACUCGGAAGAAGAACAGAUUCAUCAUUAUUUGAGCCUGGCUAGUGGUGGAAGACACAGACAUAGUACAGACAAAAAGUGGAAUUUGUUUAUUAUCGUAGAGGAACGGAGCAGCAGAAACAGGAGUAGAACCAGACAAGUAACAGAUUGAAUUCUUGGAAGUCAAGUGUGGCACGUAUCCGCACCGACCUCCACUUUAUCGCAAUGAACACCAAGGACUUCUACUACUCGUGGCAUCUCUCCCUGCGAGUGGAUCGCCCGGUGGAAGGAUGCAACAUGAGACCACACUGCUACAUGUACGGGAAGAAACUCGACGACCGGGAGGCAGACAAACCUCUGCCCUCCCACUCCAAAAAGAUGCGAGAGCCUCCUCCCGACCACGAAUUCAGCUACCGCUGGUUUAGGGGACCGCGCAGCACUCCCUGUGCCUUUGAACACUGCACCCGGCGCACAUCGUUCAGUCCCCACGACUGGUCCAAGCAUGCUCUCGGGGGAUCGGGUUGCUCUCUACAGUGCGUCUCGACACAAUCCAGUCUCUUCCGGUGCACCUUUUGCAAUUCAAAGUGUUUCAUAGAAGCAUGGAAGACGCAGCACACGGUACCCAGAGAUAGUCGGGGUACACCCAUGAGGAAGAGAGUUGGAUCGAUGGAUAGCAUGGAUGACGAUUUGCGUUCUGUUGGAUCCAUUGGAAGCUCCGAUCGGACCAAUGGGAGCAACGGAGGAUCCAAGUCACCAGCAAACUUCUCGGACACGAGUGGAAGCAACUAUUCUGUUGGCAACACGGGAGGACAAAACCGGCAACCACCAGGAACCCCACGGGGGUAUAUGGGAAGCUACAACAACGGUGCUCCCGGUAGUUCGGCUCAGUGCAACAACAACGGAGAAGAAGAGUGGAUUGAGAUUAGCAGGGAUGGUUUCUAUGUUCCCGGAGCCGAUGAUGUUGGGCGAAAACUUAAAUUAGAGGCGGCUGCCUACUCAACCGAGACGGGGGAACUCUUGAUGCACAGAGUCAUCAAAACGGAUAUUGUUCUGGCGCAAGCACCACACCCUCUUAAGAGAUCGUUAGUGACGGCAAAGAACGGCGCAGGGGCGGGAUCCGGAGCAAGGUUUCGAAUAGUUACAUACAACGUCCUGGCUGAAAUCUACGCAACGCAGCAGCAGUAUCCCUAUUGCGAUAUUUGGGCACUGAAUUGGGAAUACAGAUUUCAUAAUAUAAUGAGAGAGAUUGUCGAUGCUGCUCCAGACGUUGUUUGCCUACAGGAGGUACAAGCUGAUCACUACGAGAAUCACCUCUACGCAUCCAUGAGCGAGCAAGGCUUUGAGGGGGUUUACAAGCAAAAAACGCGGCAAUCUAUGGGUCUGGCCGGAAAAGUCGAUGGAUGCGCCCUGUUUUGGAGACGAUCGAAGUUUCAUUUGGUUGAGUCCUACAGCAUUGAGUUCAAUGAGCUGGCUCAGCGUCAGGCAACUCAAGUGAUGGGUCUUAACCCACGCAGCGAAGAGGGAAUAAAUUUUCUUAAUCGAUUGUCCAAGGACAAUGUUGCCCAACUUGUUGUUUUGGAGCUGGCCAAUCCCCAGCUAGCGAGUCGCGCCAACCGAGAUCCCAUUAACCAGGUGUGCAUAGCAAAUACCCAUCUCUACAGUAACAAGGAGUUCCCGGAUGUCAAACUCUGGCAAGCUUGGCAGCUCUUGCAGGAGCUUGAAAAUUUCAUUAUGAGCCGAGGAACAAGCCUCCCGCUGAUGAUUUGCGGUGACUUUAAUUCAUCACCGGACUCUGCAGUCUACGGUUUGCUGAUGCAGCAAACGGUGCAUCCCGGCCAUCCAGAUGUCAACGUAGUAACCGGAGACGACUGCCCCAACGUCUUGCCAGAUGCCAUGAAUAUUUCACAUUCGUUCCAAUUGGGAAGCGCCUACCAGAGUGUACUCGGAGAAGAACCACAACAAACCAAUUACACUCUUAAUUUCAAGGGUGUCCUAGAUUACAUGUGUUAUUCUUUGCAAACUCUGAGACCCCUAUCCGCAUCACCUGUCCCCGACGAGUCGAUUUUGACAAGACAUGGUGAUGCUUUACCAUCGACGGAGUUUAGCUCCGACCACAUUAUGCUGAUUUCCGACAUGCAAAUCGUAAAUAAUGGGGGAAGAUAGGUGAAUUGGUAAGGUCCGCGAUAAGAACAUUUGGUAUGUCCCGGUAGCAUACGAUUAUUUAAACUGGGUAGAAUUGAAUGGAAAAAGGGAUAAUUUUAAAUGAAGUACUUUGUAAUAU